UUUCAGAGGGACCCUCAGGGAAAGGGACUGGAGCACUUUCCCCUUUGAGCCUUUAGCGGGCUGGAGUGACCGUCCGUCCGUCUGAAGGGAUGGAACGGUGUGAUGAUGAACUAGGGGUCUUCACCAUCAUCCACCACAAGACCAAAUCAUCGGGCUGGCCUCCCCCCCUCUGGAUCCUGGGGCACCCUGCCGGGAACACCCUAUGGCUGGGAUAUGGGCUCUUCCAGGGACGGCCGAGACUACUUCAGCAACCACGUGUCCCAGAGCAGCUCCCUGGAGGAGGUGCACCGUCUGGAUGGGGUGCAGCAGGUGCCCCCUGCCCCCCGGCUGGUGGAGAUGAGACGGGACCCUGUCCUGGGGUUUGGCUUCGUGGCCGGGAGCGAGAAACCGGUGGUGGUCCGCUCCGUCACGCCUGGAGGUCCCUCGGAGGCAAAGCUGAACCCAGGAGAUGAGAUCAUCAUGAUCAACGACGAGGCAGUCAGCUCAGCGCCCAGGGAACGAGUCAUCGACCUCGUCAGAAACUGUAAGGAGUCCAUUAUGUUGACUGUUGUCCAGCCGUACCCUUCGCCCAAAUCAGCGUUCAUCAGUGCAGCCAAAAAAGCCAAGCUCAAGUCCAAUCCGGUCAAAGUGCGCUUCGCAGAAGAGGUCAUCAUUAACGGUCAAGUUCCGAACACAGUGAAGGACAACUCCCUCCUCUUCAUGCAGAAGGUUCUGAAGGUGUACCUGGAGAACGGGCAGACCAAGUCGUUUCGGUUCGACUGCAGCACAUCCAUCAAGGAUGUUAUCAUGACCCUACAAGAGAAGCUGUCCAUCAAGUGCAUUGAACACUUCUCCCUGAUGCUGGAGCAGCGGACGGAGGGAUCGGGCAGCAAGCUGCUACUCUUGCAUGAGCAGGAGAUGCUAACUCGGGUGACACAGAGGCCGGGGUCCGAUAAGAUGAAAUGUUUCUUCAGAAUCAGCUUCGUCCCCAAGGACCCGGUGGAUCUGCUCAGACGGGAUGCCGUGGCAUUUGAAUACCUCUACGUUCAGAGCUGUAACGAUGUGGUUCUGGAGCGCUUUGGCUCAGAGCUGAAGUACGACGCCGCGCUACGAUUGGCCGCUCUGCAGAUGUACGUCCUCACUAUGACGACCAGACAGCUGCAGAAGGUCUCACUCAAAUACAUCCAGAAGGAGUGGGGUCUGACACUUUUCAUCCCACCAGCAGUGAUGACCAGCAUGAAGGAGAAGAACAUCAAGAAAGCACUGACGCACAUCCUCAAAACCAAUCAGAACCUAGUGCCUCCGGGAAAAAAGUUGACUGCAUUGCAGGCUAAAGUGCACUACUUGAAGUAUCUCAGUGAGCUGAGGUUGUAUGGAGGGAGAGUGUUCAAAUCCAUACUUUUGCAAGGGGAGAAGCAGACAGAGGUGACCUUGCUAGUGGGGCCCAGGUACGGCAUCAGUCACGUGAUCAACGCCAAGACCAACCUGAUGGCCCUGCUGGCAGACUUCAGCCACGUGAACCGCAUCGAGAUCCUCACAGAGGAUGAUAUCAACGUCCGCGUGGAGCUACACGUCAUGGAUGUCAGGCCCAUCACGUUGAUAAUGGAGUCUAGUGAUGCUAUGAACCUGGCGUGUCUGACAGCAGGUUACUAUCGACUCCUAGUGGACUCUAGGAGAUCUAUCUUCAACAUGGCCCACUGCAACAGCAUCGCUGAAGAAAUGGAUCAGGACAAUCUUCUGGAGUGGCCGUACAGCACUUCAUUAGACAACUGUGAGGACCCCAAUGCUGCCGGCCAGGACGAGCGUUACAGCAGUGACAUGGACUUCUCUAACAAUGGAGGGAGAGUGAACAACAUCUCUCCCUACAUCCCCGAGCGCCAACACCAUACCCUAACCCUGCAGCAGAACGAGAGGCCGUCGGAGGGGCGGAGGAGUCCCCAGCCCCCACCUCUCCCCCCUGCCAGAAACAAACCCCAAGACUCCCCCCGGAGCGCCAAGGUCUCCUUCAUCUUCGGAGACCCCCCUUUGAACACUGUUAACCCCCAGAACUUUGGCUACGAGCGCCUGAUGGAUGAGAGUCCCGAGGUGCCCGAGCACAGGCCCAUAGCCUACUUGCACAGCAACGUCAACAACCCGGGGGACUUUAGGGCCCAGGUGACCGUGCCCUUCCAAUUCGCCGACGGCAUGCCGCAUGUGGUCUACAGCAACAUCGGCGAGGAGCUGGUGGAGGAACCGCUGCUAAGGGACCUUUGUUAUGCAGACACCACGGACGACGCCGAGGAUGAGGACGACGCCAGCUGUGAGGAAGACUCUACCGGGACGGGAGGGGGGGAGGGUGGAGGGGGCGGCACGACGGCGGCGAGCAAAGCCACGAUCCUCACCCUCUCGGGCUCCAGCGAUGACAUCAUCGACCUGACCUCACUUCCUCCCCCCGAGGGGGGCGAUGAUGACGAUGAUGAUACCGACGGUGUCCUCCAUUCGCUAAAUCUCGCCAUUGCCGCCCCGCCCCCGGGGUUCAGAGACAGUUCUGAUGAGGAGAGUCCCGAGAGUCGCCCUUUGGCCACUGCCGGCAACAAUGACAUGCCCGUGUCUCUGAUCGACGCUGUCCCCACGGGGUCGCAUGGUGAGGGGAGCGGCAGGGAAAGGAGGCUGGAGGAUGCCGUGGUAACAACCCUGCAGGCACUGGAAGCCCUGACCGUGUCCGAGGAGAGGCCACACCCACCACGCCCACAGCGACCACAGCCCAACAGUAACCCAGGUGUGCAAAUGUCUCGAACUUUCAGUCCUGAGUCUUCCUCUGACUCAGGCAAUGAGACCAACUCCUCAGAGAUGACCGAGACCAUGGAGCAGGCCGCCGCCCACAAACUCAUCCACCAGAACCACAGGCGCCUCCUUAUCGCCACCUCCGAAGGCUACCAGCCUCUGACGGAGGAAAAGACAAACUUCCCCAUCUCGCCCAGAGUGGCCACCCAAAAGAAAGCCCACAGCCCCUCCCAACAUCAAGACGGCGGGCCGCCGUCGUCCACCGCGCUCCCUAAACAGACCCUCCAUCCAGAUGACAUAGAGCUGGAUCCAGAAACCACUGAUUCUCUGACUAACCUCUCCUCCGACUUCAGCAAGCGACCCAACUCCGUGGUUGUUGGAGGGAAACGGCUAAAAAAGUUGGCCGACACCAACGGGAAGUUCAACACGUUCAGUACCAGAGACGGCCACAGGGGGAGCCAGCUGGAUGUGGAGCGUACCUCGUUCUGCGAGAGGCUGCAGAGAAGGCCACCUCUUCCUCUACCAGAGAAUUCCAUCUCCAUCAUGGCGGAGAACCUGGCGGUGAACAGCCUGCCAAAGAGUCACCGCAGGCUGCCGCGCCCCCCUCCCCCACACCCUGAACGGACAGAGCCUGAGGAAGAACCGGGGGAGGCUGCAGUGGGGGCCACUGGGGCUAUGGGCGGCCAGCAGGAAGAGUACCUGGGGGGAGCGGCAGGUCCCUUCCCCUCCUCCCCUACCAAGAAGCCCCGGGACCCCCCCGGUGGACAGGGAGAUGCCCCAGGGGAGCAGCGGCAGCAAGUGAGGCAAGGGGUUGCCCGGCUGUGUGAGUACCACCUAGCCAAACGGAUCUCGUCCCUUCAGAGCGAGGCUCACAACUCCCUGCAGGGCUCCCAGUGCUCAUCACUGGACGCGGGCUGCAGCACGGGGAGCAGUGCCUGUGGCACCCCAACGGAUUCGCCCCUCUGUGCCCCCGACGGCAACCACCACCCGCUCUCUGAAUCUUCCACGUCCCUCAGGGUUUUCACCUAUGAGGACAAGGCUCCCCAUGGCACCCCGGGCCAGAUCCCUGUGGGCAGGGACCUCCACCCCCAAGCAGACCCCACACUCCUGCGGAAGAUGCUGCCCAACAUACACCCUCCUGGGUCAGACACCAGCAUAGAGGGUUCCCUCCGGUCGGCCAAGAUGAAAGAAACCACAGGUAGUACAGCUAGAAGGAGUAACCUUCAAAAUGAUCUGCAUGCCAAGACAGCCUGUGUAAGGGGUGCUAACCUCAAGGAGGGGAACGAGUCCUAUAGGCAGCUCAUUAACUACCUGACAGUGAGCCAGAUGCACCAGGGAGGCAGGUUGCAUAGUGCAGGCCUGGGAGGGGGAGUCAGGAAGGACACUAGGAGAUAUAUUACCAGUAAUCCCCAACUGAUAGAGAUGGUUAGGAGUAAAGGGAACACCAUUCACCGCUAUCCCUGCAUGCCCCCCCUCGUCCUCGUCACCCUUCCUCAGCCCGAGUCUAGUGAACCCCAAUGCAGUCACCUCACGGGUGUUGAAGUAAGGCCAAGUGGCACAGAGAGGAGGAGCUCCUUUUCGGGCCUCGAGAGUGAGUUAGAGAGGGGCGCCAUCGACCCUGAGGUCGAGCGGUUCCUGUCCCUGAGGGACAACAUCCAUGGAGGGGGUGGGGGUGGGGGCAUGGUCCACAGGCCCCCCUCCAGGGCGCGGAGUCUCGCACAGAGCAGCUGGGGACAUCACUGGGAGCGGAAGCAGGAGAUCACCCAUCAGCUUUCACUAAGCAGGCCCGAGCCUGUGCCACGGCUCCGGCCCCCUCCUCCUCCACCACCUCCUCCACCUCCCCUACCAGCCAACAUGAGCACCCACAACUCCACUGUGCCAAAGCAGUCCACCGUCACAUACGGACAAAACCACAUCCAGUCAGUCACAGCCAGCCUCCACCACCAGUACGAGCCCAAUAUGAACAGCCUCCAGAGGGGCAGGGACUCCAGUAUGAACAGCCUCCACUUGGGCAGGGAACCCAGCACCAACAGCCUGCAGCGGGACCGGGAGCCCAGCAUCAACAGCCUCUACCUGGGCAGGGAGCCCAGCAUAAACAGCCUCCACCUGGGCAGAGAGCUCAGCAUAAACAGCCUCCACCUGGGCAGAGAGCUCAGCACCAACAGCCUGCAGCGGGACAGGGAGCCCAGCACCAACAUCCUCCACCUGGGCAGGGAGCCCAGCAUAAAUAGCCUGCAGCGGGGCAGAGAGCUCAGACGGAGCACCAGUAAUGUAACGGCGGGCUCCGGGAGUGUGGAGGUGCUCUUCGACAAAGGCAGAACCAAGUGCCAGCAAGGACCAGUUGACCCCAAACUACAGAGGAGACCCACGAGGAAAAGGCUGUCGAAGAGCUACUCGCAGGGCUCAGUAGCGUCCACGUGCUGGUCGGCUGGGGGCAGAGACAGCCGGAGGGCCUCAGUGAUGUUUCCCCUGCAGAAGGACGCCAAGCACAUGAAGGGCUCGCAGAAGAUGGAUUCGAGCAGCCCCUGGAGGUGCAACGGUCCCUUCAGCUACUGCUUCUUCAAGAGGAAGAGUCAGGCAGAGGAGGAUGAGGUAGAGGGGGGUGAGAUGGGCGAGAGGGGCGAGAGUUCCAGGCGCUGCCAUGGCAGGGAAAUGGAGGAAGCAGCGUCUAUCUACGGCCUGGCCACGGACGCAGCAGGCGACCAGCUCUACAGCGAGGUCCUAACCAACAUGAGCUUCAGCGACCGGCUGUCGCGCAUCAACACGCUCAAAGACCGCAUGUACAUCUUCCCCGUUGGCUUCUCGGAUGUACGCCGCGACGCCAGCGAGCUCAUCGCCCUAGUGCGCUCAAGCGUAGGCAGGGGGGACCGCAGCGGCCAGGUGCCACAGAUCACAGCCGACCUGUCCCAAUACAAGCAGCUGCUGUCCAUCGAGUCUAAAGAGCUGGGGCGGGCAUGUCGCAGGAUGGCCCAGGCCCACGGCAGCCCAGAGGAGAUGCUGCUGGCCAUCACCUGCAGUUUCCAGGUGCUGUGCUGCCUGUCUGAGGCCUGCAUGUGCCUGGUGAGGGGCCUGAGGGCAUCAGCUGCCCAACAGCAGAGGGAGGUGGUGGCCAAGGUGGACGAGCUGGUCAUGAACUACAUCUGCCUGCUGCGCGCAGCCGAGGCAGCGUCCAUCGGAGUGCCCAGCGACCACAACGUCAAUGCCCUGGUCCGCCACUCCAGCACCAUGUCAGCCAUCGCCAACGCACUCACCCGCUCCCUCAAAACGCUGCUUAGCAAGUAGUAGGACGUCCAGCCGACAGCAACGUCUUUUAGUGUUAUGUACAUUAUACAAAGCCAUACAAGACCCGGCCUUUGUAAAAAGAACUGAUGUUAUUAUAGACACCCUACUUCUUGUGUACAAUUUAUUGUCCAUGUAUAUAAUGUACAUACAGUACAUAUGAUACACUAUAUGAAUAUAUAAAUUGCUAUAGACAUUUUGAGAGGUCAUUGGGAAGACAUGUACUCUUUAAUGUGAUAUUGAUGAUGCAGUUCUAGGUUGCAGUGUGGAGAGAGAGGAUUGACAUACAGCACUGAACCUGUACUGCAUUUAAUACUCCUUAUUUCUAAAUGAUUUUGACAUGAUUAUUUUUUAAACAAAUACAGAGGGCAUAAAACUAUACUGAAAAGACAUCAAAUAAGUAGGCAAGUAUCUUAUUAAAGAGCUUUUAAGUCGAUCAGGCAGGUGUGUAAUUGUUUCAUCAUUUUUUACAGCCUUUCAUUGUAUGUGUUUUAAUAUGACCCUCUCUGGACUAAAUGGUGUCCUUCAACAUUUAUGUAUCAGACUGCAUUUUAUUUCCCCGACCAUGAAACAUAAAAAUCCACUCAAUAAUUUUUUCAGCUUCUCUGACCCAUUAAAAUGUUUUACAUAUCUGAGGGUCAUGGUGUGUCUUCACUUGCUAUUUCAUUUGCUCCACUAAUAUCUUGUAGAAGAACUCCAGUAAAAUAAAA